CCACAAAUGUUUCCAUGUCUCCUUCUUCUGACAAACCCACUCUUUCCGGCUAAUCAAAUGGGAAUCACAAGGCAACAUCUAGUCAUGUCUUCAUCUUGCUCUGGUCCUUUGAAGUUAGUUUCACGUUCAAAAACAGAGCAUUCAAAGCUUCCUUCACCUCCAUGUGCAUCGUGGCUUAACUAAACAUUCACUGUAAACUAAUUAAAUAUCUCCAUGUUUCCUUCACAUGCCUACUCAUAUAAAUAUACCUAACUUCCCCUUCUCUCUUCAGCAGAAUCAAGAAACAUGGCAUUUCCUGAAACCCAUCUCCAUAUGCCCAUCAGAUCUAUAAGUCUACCAUCAAGAAUACACCAUCCUUCUGAUAAGUUUCAAGCUGCUCUCUCUCAACUUCAGACUUGCCAAAACUCAUCCUCUGAUUCUCAAUCUCUUCAAGUAUCAUUAUUCAAUCUAUCUGAGCUUUACCAUUCUCUACACCAGCUCAACCACUCUCUUCCCACCGCUCAAGCCGAACAUUGUCUUGACGUGUCAGCCACGUUACUAGAUUCUUGUGAAGCAGCGAGAAACCUAAUCCUCACUCUCAGAGAACAUCUCCGCAACCUUCAGUCUGCACUUAGGAGAACAGGAAAAUCCAUGGACGUUCAGAUCAAAGAGUACUUUGUCUUCAGAAAAAAGAUCAAGAAAGAGACUAGCAAGCUUAUUCUUGGCCUAAAGAAGCUGGAUGGCUCUGAGACCACCGCGUUUGCCGUUUCUCUCUUGAGGUCUCUUUUCAUGUUUCUGUCCACAACAACGUCUAUGAAGACAAAUACAUGUACUCUCAAAUUCUUGUCUAAACUUAUUGGUGGGGGUCGUUCAUCGUCGUCAAUAACGAGCGAGUUGCAGAAUCUUGAUUUGGUUUUGCGUUCGGAUGGAGACAACUCCAAGGAAGUGAAGAAGACUCUGGAGUUAUUAGAGGAAAGAACAGAAGGACUUGAAGCUGCACUUGAUUCUCUUUUCAAGUCUCUUGUCCAAUAUAGAGUUUAUUUGCUUAACAUUCUUACAACACAUUCUUAGUUUGUUUAGUACUAAUUAGCUAAUUAGUCUCUAAUUGUACACAAAACAUAUAUAGAAAUACAUAAUACAAGUUCUCAUAGUGAAGAUUUAUCGUAUCAUUACUGUAACCCGCUGAUUUAAACUACAUAAAUCAAAGUCUUCGUAAUACCCACGAAACUCAUGUCUAAGAGUAAGAGGGCAAAGUCAGGGAAGGUACAAGGAUGAGUUUGUUACUUUGUUUAGAGUUCUGUCUGUACUUCUCUUGCGUGUAUAUCAUGCAAAUAGUUGACAUGUCAGUCCAGCAUUGGUAGAUGUCCCUUCCCUCGUGCACAUUAUUUGUUUAAGAUUAAAUCUUGACACCACCACAAAUGAUAAAGUCUUCAUCAUCAUUAUCAAGAUCUUUAAUUUCGGAUGAUCUAGUGGUUUC